AUGUCAACUCAAGUAUUAAAAUCCCCAUUAUCAAAGUCUCUUAAAAUUGCCCUUAUUCAAUUAAAAGCAGGUGCAGACAAAGCAGCCAAUUUAACAAAAGUAACAAAAUUCAUUGAUGAUGCCGUAUCAAAAUCCCCAGAAGUUAAUUUAGUCAUGUUACCUGAAUGUUUCAAUUCUCCAUACGCCGUAGACCAAUUUAGAAAUUAUGCCGAACCUAUUCCACAAGGUGAAACCACUCAAUUAUUAUCAAGUUUAGCUAAGAAACAUAACAUCUUUAUUGUCGGUGGAUCAAUUCCUGAAAGAGGCGAUGAUGAUAAAAUUUACAAUACAUCUUUGACUUUUAACCCACAGGGUGAUAUCAUUGCCAAACAUCGUAAAGCACAUUUAUUUGACAUUGAUAUUCCUAAUGGUAUUACUUUCCAAGAAUCAUUGACUUUAUCAGGUGGUAAUAAAGCUACUGUUUUCAAAUUAGGAGAAUAUGGUAAUGUUGGUUUAGGUAUUUGUUAUGACAUUAGAUUUCCUGAAUUGGCUUCAAUUGCCUCUCGUUAUCCACAUAACUCAUUUGCCAUGUUUUAUCCAGGUGCUUUUAACACUACUACUGGUCCAUUACAUUGGCACUUAUUAGCUCGUGCAAGAGCCGUCGAUAAUGAAACAUUUGUUAUAUUAUGUUCACCAGCUAGAGAUGUUGAAGGUGGUGGUUAUCAAGCAUAUGGACACUCUUUGGUUGCUGAUCCAAUGGGUAAGAUCAUUGCUGAAGCGGGUGAAGGAGAAGAAAUCUUAUACGCAGAGUUGGAUCCAAGUUUGUUGCCAAAGGCAAGAGAAGGUAUCCCAGUUCAUUAUCAAAGAAGAUUUGAUAUUUAUGGUGACUUUGUAGGAGACGGAAAUGUCAAAGUUAGUGAUAAAUAA